GUCACAGUUGGCAGGUCUCACAAACUCAACUGACAACAAUACGGCGUAAAAACUGUGUAAAAGUGUUAUAAAGUCAAAAAUGGAGAUGAACGCAGAGGCCAAACGGAUUCUAGCGGUGUCUAUCAGUAAACUGUACGCGUCCCGGAGCCAGAGAGGCGGCUUGAGGCUUCACCGGAGCCUUCUCGUGUCCCUCGUCAUGAAGUCUGCCCGGGAUAUCUACCACUCCACGGUGGCACUCGUGGAGAAAGCCGUUGAAACUACCGCCAGUACAGAGGAGGCGAUGGAGGCUAUGGACACGGCGGAAAAACUACCAGAAAAACAGCCAGAAAUCACGGACAAUACCGAGGACAAGGAGAACCAGAGGCCCGCGGCGAAAAGACCGAGGAAGCGGCCGGGGAAAGUCUCCGCCGUGCCGGACUUCCUCCCCGAGAAAAGGGCGAGACUGGAGCCCGGGGAGGAGCGACACGACACGGCGCAGAGUCCGAGCGUGUGUCGGAGCUCGGUGGUUACGGAGACUCGCAGCGCGCUACCGCUCCUGAGCCGAGUCAUACCGGCGUUUUGAACCGAUUCUAAGCCGAGUUUAAACUCCAACGUGACUGAAUAAACCUAAACCAGGUCUCCUCCAUUCAGGCUGACCUACUUCGGCUGUUUUGUUUCCCCACACAGAGGGAUUACGGGGGCCGCUCCGAGAGACGAGCUGCCCCCCGGCCUGAGCGCACUCCAGCCCGGCCUCUGGGAGCACGGAGCCCCGGGGAGAAGGCGCGGAGAAGGGGACUGGAGCGAAAGAAGAUGGCGGUGCUAAAAAAAAAAAAAAAAAAAAAAAAGUUUGAGGAAGAAGAAACUUUUUUGGAGGAACUGACUCUGCCUUAGUUUCGCGGUGAUUCACGUGUGACAACCGCUGACUCACGGAGACUGUUGUGACCCAGUCUUUAUGUUCACAAAACAGACUUGGACACUGGUGAUUAACAAUGGACUCAUGCGUAAAAGUGGAUUCACGACUCUCUUUAAGUUUCACACGAGCCUAAGUUGAUUAUUACGAAUUUAAAUGUUAUUAUGUGUUAUUUUACUGGUGUCAAACUUAAAAAAAAAAUCCUGCUAUUACACUUCAAAACUAUUAUAAAGCACUUAUUUGAUACACCAACCCAAGUCUUAUACAAAUCUACUUUAAAAUGUACUAGUGCUACAAUUUGGCUUGGCUCUUCAAAAUGCUGGUUUAAAAUAGUUGGCAUUUUUGUUAUUUGACUUUGCUGUGUCUGUUAUAUUCUGGGAUUUUUUGUCAAACUUUUAUCUGGUAUUCAUGAGAACGAUUGGGGGAAGUUUGUGAACUCAAGAGGAACUGGUUUGUCUGCUGUUUCUCGGUUACUCACGGCAACACAACCUAAUGACUCAACAUGACGUACAGCUCUGAGUCAUGGGUGUGGGAAUCUAACCAACAACCUCACAACACACGGAAGGCCAGGGAAGAAGGAGGGGAAGUUCCCGGAGGAAAACGGGACAGACCAGACCUAUAGAUCCUGGUCUGGACUCUGGACCGGGACAGAUACUGGGGCAGGGUUGAACUCUAUGCUGGAAAAGCGUUAUGUAAAAGUAUGAUCUGAAAUACCUCACAUUCUAAAGCUGCUAUUUUUGAUUUUGUGUAAAUAUUUUAAUGUUGUAAAGUUUUGUAAUAAACCAAUGUGAAGUUUUUUAAAAUAUAA